CACAGGGGGAGAGAGACAGGGAGAGAGAGCGAGCAGAGGGAGGCAGGGAGGAUAGGGGUGAGAGAAUGAGAGGGAGGUAGAGAGUGAGAGAGUGAGAGGAGGAGAGAGUGGAUGAGAUCUGGGAGCAUCACAGAGCAGGAGAUACACAGAGAGCCAGGCAGAGAAUGUCUCUCUCACCUCCCCCAUUCAUUUAAAUCCCUCCAUCCUGCUCUCAGCAUGAGACGAAUCCGGGCUAAUGCCAUCGCCAUCCUGACUGUAGCCUGGAUCCUGGGGACCUUCUACUACCUAUGGCAGGACAGCAAGCCCCGGCCAGCCACAGCCAGCAGAUUCCCAGCCAGGAGCAGGGCAGCUGGGAGGCAGGAGAUGCACAGAGAGGACAGGAGUAGCCCUGAGGCUGUGAUGUCAACAUUCCAAACGGAAAAAGGAAAGUUGAAUGGAUUUGAUGAAAAAUCUUACCUCUCCUCCAAGUAUAUUAAGCAAGGAGAGGAUCCGUACCAUCAACAUGCCUUCAAUCAGCUGGAGAGUGACAAGCUGAGCAGCGACAGACCUAUUCGAGACACAAGACAUUACCGGUGUACCUCUGUACACUAUGAUUCCGACCUCCCUCCAACCAGCAUCAUCAUCACCUUUCACAACGAGGCUCGCUCAACCCUCCUACGGACUAUAAAGAGUGUUUUAAUUCGAAGUCCUGCGAGUUUAAUACAGGAGAUUAUUCUGGUGGAUGACUUCAGCACAGAUCCGGAUGAUUGCCAACUCCUCACGAAAAUCCCAAAGGUUAAAUGCAUGAGAAACAGUAGAAGAGAAGGACUGAUCCGGUCAAGAGUUCGAGGAGCAGAUGUUGCCACUGCUCCGAUCCUCACCUUUCUAGACAGCCACUGUGAGGUCAAUAAUGAGUGGCUUCAACCUCUACUCCAGCGAGUGAAGGAGGAUCACACUAGGGUUGUGAGUCCCAUCAUCGACGUAAUCAGCCUAGACAACUUUGCUUACCUGGCCGCAUCUGCAGAUCUCCGGGGUGGAUUUGACUGGAGCCUCCAUUUCAAGUGGGAACAAAUCCCCAUUGAACAGAAGAUGUCUCGCACUGAUCCAACUUCCUCUAUAAGGACUCCUGUCAUUGCUGGGGGGAUUUUUGUCAUCGACAAAUCCUGGUUCAACCAACUUGGGAAAUAUGACACUCAGAUGGACAUUUGGGGAGGAGAGAACUUUGAGCUGUCUUUCCGUGUCUGGAUGUGUUCUGGAAGCUUGGAAAUUGUGCCUUGCAGCCGCGUUGGACAUGUCUUUAGAAAACGUCACCCCUAUGAGUUCCCAGAUGGAAACGCGUUGACUUACAUAAAGAACACGAAGCGAACAGCUGAAGUGUGGAUGGAUGAAUAUAAACAGUAUUACUAUCAAGCUCGACCAUCUGCUAUUGGAAAGGCGUUUGGGAGUGUGUCUGAAAGAGUAGAGUUACGCAAAAAAAUGAACUGUAAAUCUUUCCAGUGGUACCUUCAGAAUGUCUACCCAGAGCUAAAAAUUCCAGAGAAAGAAGCUGUAACCAGAGUCAUAAAGCAAGGAGGUCACUGCCUAGAAUCUCAAGGGGAAGACACUGCAGGGAAUGUAUUAGCUGGUGUCGGGGUCUGCAAAGGGACUGGCAAAAAUACACCCUCGUCACAGGAGUGGGUUUUCGGUGAGGCCUUAAUCCGCCAGCAGGACAAGUGUCUGUCGAUCACCUCGUUUUCCACUGGAGCACUCGUUAUGCUAGAGUCUUGCAACCCAAAAGAUAGCAGACAGAAAUGGAAAUUAAAAGGACCCUUUUUACAGCAUGUGAGCAGUGGGCUUUGCCUUGACACAAACGCACCCAGAGUACUUAUCAAUCCUUGCCAGUCUGAUCUGUCAAGCCAGCAGUGGGAGCUGCUUCAAGUGACAUGAAAACCUUGAGCAGAAUUUCACCUGCAUGGACUUGAUGUAUAGGACUGAGAACUUGGGACAAUUCAUCAAGCUCCUUGUUUCAUUCCACUCUGCGAAUACAGGUCCACAGCCUGAAACUUGUCCCAUAGACACUGCCAAUCCCACGCGGAAGACAAUUUGUCUAAAGACUGCUCAUAUUGGAGUAGUAGAAGCUUUGGGAAUUUUCUUUGAUUAUCUAACUCGUUCCUUCCUACCUGGUCUUUAUCUCCUGUGAUGGAGGUAGAAAAAAAACCAAGAUUCUGGAAGAUGUGACAAAUGUUCAGAAAUUGUUCACUAGGACACAGAGGCUCGCCAUGUUAUGUGAUCUUUUUCCUUUCUGUUGAACAAUGCUGUGUUGCCAAUUUGUUGGGAAUUAAUACUGGAUGUUAUAGGCCUCGUGUUACCUUUCCUCGGAAACGAUCAACUUUCAUGCUACAAGAUGUAAAGUUGAAAGUGCAAAGGCCCAUAUAAUUAACUCUACAAGUCAUAGGUGGCAUAUACAUGUACAUGUGGGUGUUUUGGUCUUUGCUAACAUGCAGCUGAUGUGUGAAUUCAGGCUCACAUAACAUGUAAUUCAAGCUGUCCUUGAAAUGAUCUUUUUUGCCCGACAUUUAGUUCAGCAUGUUGCAGAUUAUGUGACAUGUAGCUCGUUGAUUUACAGGCUUCCUCGAUGUUGCUUUUAGUGUAAAAGUUUCAAUUCACACACACUCAUUACUGUAUAUUACUUGACUUCUUGGCUUCUCUAUGCUACACACUUUAUGUUGGAUAAAGAAGAUAGUCUGUCUUUUAUAUAACUGCAGAAUGCACUUUGCUUGAAAACCAUGUGUAAUAAUUUAUUCAGAUUUUAUAAACUACAUGUGCAGUCCUA